UUUUUUUUUUUUUUUUUAGGGGAAAACAGGUUCUACAAACUGCUGGAUAUCUGGUUUCCUGAUAAAAAGCCCCUUCCCACUGCAUUCCUGGUUGACACAUCAGAGGAAGCCCUUCUGUUGCCUGAUUGGCUGAAAUUAAGAAUGAUCCGAUCUGAAGUCGCCCGAUUGGUUGAUGCAGCCCUACAGGAUCUGGAGCCCCAGCAGCUGCUGUUGUUCGUCCAGUCCUUUGGGAUCCCCGUCUCCAGCAUGAGCAAACUGCUACAGUAUCUGGACCAGGCCGUGUCUCACGAUCCUCAAACACUGGAACAGAAUAUCAUGGACAAAAACUACAUGGCUCAUCUAGUGGAGGUACAGCAUGAGAGAGGAGCCACGGGUGGACACACAUUUCACAGUUUACUCAGUACUUCACUUCCUCCGCACAGAGACAGCUCAGAGGUGAGCAGGGCUAAGGUUACUGUUGAAACGCCCCAUGGCUCAAAGGCAAGUGAUUUCAUGUCCCCAAAAUUCAGUUUUGUUCCCUGA